AUGUGUAAUCCAAAUUGGCCUGAAUUUCGGCGAUUCACAGAGCGAGAGCGAAUUCCCAUCGCUGAUCAUCCUGAUAUCUCUUGUCGUGUCUUUCACGCCAAGUUGAAGUGUCUCCUUAGCGAUCUCAAUGAAGUGAAGAUCAACGAUGUUAAUAUUGAUAACAGAUUUGUUGUGCGCUAUAAUCCACUGCUGUUAAUGAAAUAUCAAGCUCACAUAAAUCUUAAGUUCUGUAACAAGUCAAACGUGAUUAAGUAUCUUUUUAAGUAUGUCAAUAAGGGUCCGGAUCGGGUGACUACAACUGUUGGAGAAACAUAUGAUGUUGGUGAAUCUUCUCAAGUGGUUGAUGAGAUCAAACAGUAUUACUAUUGUCGUUAUUUAUCACCGUUUGAAUCCAUGUGGAGAAUUUUUGCUUAUGAUAUUCAUCAUAGAUGGCCGGCGGUACAGAGAUUUGCUGACGAUGUUUACGGGUUGGAUGAUGGCCAACAUGUGGUUCCCGGAGGGGCGAGAGGAAGUCGCCGAGUUAGUGUCAGCUGCAUAGCUAAGGAGGCUUUUGUGAUGUUGUUGCUAUCUGGUUCGAUGGGAAGACCUCUGUCAAUUUGGAAACAAACUUGGGCUUAUUUGUCUGAUGAUAUUCUUUAUCGCAGAAGACAUGAGCUGCAAUAUCUCGAUCUAACGAUGAGUCAGGACGAGUUGCAUGCAUUUUGUUUGUUGGAGAUUGAGAAACUAUUGCAGAGUAAUGGAAAAUCAUUGAGAAAUUAUGCUGGCAUGCCAGUUCCUAAUAAAUCUUUAUAUGAUACUGUUUCUUUGACUCAUGAGCACGAUGCAAAUGUCUCCAAGUUAAAUGAAGAACAGAGGGUGGUCUACGAUAAAAUUAUUGAUUGUGUUUCGAAUAAGAGGCACGGAUUCUUUUUUGUGUAUGGGUUUGGUGGCACUGGAAAAACUUUUUUAUACAGAGUUUUGUCAGCUAAAUUGCGAUCUGAGAAAAAUAUUGUUAUAAAUGUUGCUUCUAGUGGUAUUGCUUCUCUGUUGUUACCUAGUGGUAAGACGGCGCAUUCUAUGUUCUAUAUUCCUGUUGAGCUGACUGAAGACACUGUUUGUCGGAUUAAGAAGGAUAGUUCAAAAGCUGAGGUAGUCUGA